AUGAACAGAAGACUUGAAGAACAGCAUGAAGAAGAACUGAAGAGAAGACGAGUGGAAUGGAGAGAGGAAUAUGAAAGAGAGGAAGAGGAGAAGAAGAAGAUCUGUUCUGAAACUGAUCCUUCACUGCAGGGAGAAAACAAGGACAUUGAACCAGCAGAAAAAAUCCAGAAUCUAUUUGACAGACUUCAUCUUGAAGACAAACACCACAAUAAACUGAGAGCUGCAGAUGUUCUUCAGAUAACUGAACAUUCAUUACAGUCUCAUGAGUCUUGUGCUGAAGAUGAGAUGAUUCAGACUUUCCUACAGAAACUACUGAUGAUGGACUACAGAGCAAGAUACAUCACAACUAAACAGACCAAUGAACAUGAACACACACAGCAAACAGACAGUGACUCCUCAGAAGAUGAGUUUGAUUUUUUUAAUGAAAUAUCUUUAUCUAAUAAAGGAACCAGUCAGUCUGCUCUCAUUCACCCGAUGGAUGUCCAGAUGGCUGUGUUUCAUCGUGCUGAUGUUUUCCUGAAGCAGCUGAUGGUCACUAAACUGUCUCAGUGUCAGUUCGCUCUUCCUCUGCUUGUUCCUGAUCCAGACACACGACAGAUUGAGUUUCCUCUCUGGACAUUCAGACAAAUCCACAAGAGCUGGAAGAUCAGAAACACCAGCAAUGAGAUCAUCAGUCAAACCCAGCCCAUCUACAGAGCACAAACUCCAAUGGUGUUCUUCUUCAGGUUCGGCUCUGUGUCUGCAUCCAAGUCUCAGCUGAUAAACAGUUUGAUCAAUGAGAAACACAACACGUUCUUCCACAGAAACUGUCCCGGCAGCAGCAGAUCCAGAGUCCUGAUGGACGGAGCGGUGGAGAUCUCCUGGUUCUGUCCUUCUGGAAGAAACACAGAUAAAUUCACUGAGUGUGUAGCGUUCUGUAAUCUACACGGAGAUGCAGGAGACCAUGAGAAACAGCUGCAGAUCCUCACGGACAUGAGCUCAGUCAAUGUUGUUCUUCUGCCACAACUCCACAGGUAUGACAGAAGUGCAGCAACAAUACAAAACCUGUACAAGGAUAGAAAGCCACUCAUUUGUCUCUUUACUGAGGAUCAAUCUUCUGUAACUGAGAUGAGGAAAGGAAAAUACAAGAUCGGUCUGAAAAACAGAAAUCAGUCAGAUGUAUCUGAAGAACUCAGAAGAGCUAUAAAUGCUUGUCUCUCACAUUCAUCUCACACUUUCAGACUUGAAGACGUGUCCAAACACUCAGACGUCAGAGUAGAUGAGGAAGAUGAUGAUGACUGCAGGAGAGGAAGAGAAGCAGCACAGCAGAUGAUGAGUUUACUGGAGAAGAAAGAUCUGAGAGAAAUCAAAGAAUCAUUUCUGCCUCAUCAGGGGAAACUGUGGCAUCAGUGGAGUCAGAAGAACAGAGAACUACAUCGACCUCGAGGAGAAGAGAUAGAAAUGGACAUCAGUAGAAUACUAACAGAGAUGAGGAGAAUCCGUCAACAGCAGCAUGAAUCUGACAUCAGUGAGUUUAUGAAGAUCUUUAUUAAAGAAAUGAACUCAAAUACUGACCAUAAGAUGUUUUUCCUCAAAUGGCUCAGAAUCCUCCUGGAUGAACAUACAUCAGCAGAUCUUUCUGCUCUUCAUCACAAAUAUGAUGAAAAGUGGUCAAGAGUCUUAACACUGAAAGAGUAUCAUGAUAAACCUGAACGACUCAGAGCUGCACAAACUGAGCUUGAGAGAAUAUCUGAGGAUCUUCAAGCUGCAGCGUUUGGUGUGGAGCACAUCAUGAGGGAGAUCGCUCAGAUCUAUGAAUCAUGUUCAUCUGUGCAGGAGAACAAGAGAGACCUGCAGGUUCACUUCUCUUCUCUCCCGAGUCUCGCAGCAGAGAUGAUGAUCUCUGGAUCUCCUCUGGAGCUGAUGGAUGGAGAUGCUGCUCAUGUUCCUGUGAUCUGGAUCUCUGCUGUUCUAGAUCAACUCAUCCAGAAACUGGGAGACCAGAGAGUCUUUGUGCUGUCAGUUUUAGGGAUCCAGAGCUCUGGGAAAUCCACCAUGAUGAACGCCAUGUUUGGACUCCAGUCUGCUGUCAGUGCUGGAAGAACAACCAGAGGAGCUUUCAUGCAGCUGAUCAGAGUCUCAGACCAGAUGAAAACAGAGACGAACACUGACUAUAUUCUGGUUAUUGAUACUGAGGGACUUCAAGCUCUAGAACUGUCUGGAAGAUCAACAAGACAUCAUGACAAUGAAUUCUCCACGUUUGUUGUAGGUCUUGCAGAUCUGACACUGAUCAACAUCUUUGGAGAAAACCCAGCUGAGAUGCAGGACAUUCUUCAGAUUGUUGUCCAGGCCUUCAUGAGGAUGAAGAAGGUCAGACUGAAUCCCAGCUGUGUGUUUGUGCAUCAGAACGUGUCAGACGUCACAGCUGUAGAGAAAAACAUGGAGAGAAGGAGACGACUGCAGGAGAAACUGGAGGAGAUGACAAGACUCGCUGCUAAAGAGGAAGUCUGUGAUGUUGUGUUCAGUGAUGUCAUUAGAUUUGAUGUUCAGAAUGAUGUGAAGUAUUUCGCUCAGCUCUGGGAGGGAAGCCCACCGAUGGCUCCACCAAACCCAAAUUACUGUGAGAACAUCCAAGAACUGAAGAAGACUAUUAUAUCUCAUGCCUCAAAAUCACAUGGAAUGAAGCUGAGAGACUUAAAAGCUCGUAUUAAAGAUCUCUGGGAAGCUUUACUGAAUGAACGGUUCGUCUUCAGCUUCAGAAACUCUCUGGAGAUCUCAGCUUACAGGAAACUGGAGACAGAAUACAGCAAGUGGACCUGGAGUCUGCGCAGUGCCAUGAUGGAGACUGAGAACAAACUACACAACAAAAUAGAAAAUGAAGCGAUUGAUGAGGUUGAGGAAACUGAUCUUCACAGAGAACUGAAGAAGACAAGUGAAGAAGUGAAAAAAUCAAUGUCAGAGUUCUUUCAGAAAGACAGAGAUGCAGAUAUACUGAUUCAGUGGAAAACAUCAUUUGAAACCAAAAUCAGAGAUCUUCAGGAAAACAUUGUGAGAGAAACACAGAGGAAAUUAAAUGAGAUUCUUCAGCAGCGAGAACUGAAGAAGAGGAUUGAUGCUCAGAGGACAUAUCAUGAAAACACACUGUUUGAAAAGAGCAGAGAACUUGCCUUAAAACUCAGACACAGAACAAAAGAUGAAGAAACACUGAAGAAAGAGUUUGAUUUGUUCUGGGAUCAGCGGAUGAAGAUCAUCAGAGACACUCCUGCAUUCAGAGACAUUGACGUAAUGAGAGACGUGAGAGAGAUCCUCAGUGAUGUCUAUGAAAGUGUUCCUGUAGAUCACUGGAGAGAGACAGGAGAUAUAUUAUCUGUGUUGAAUUAUUCAUAUUAUGUUCAGUUGAAGAAACCAAGUGGAUUUAGCAGAAAUACCUACACAUCACUUCAAAAAGUGUUUGAUUACCGUCUCUCUAAAGAGGACGAAGCACGAAUAAGAUCAUUAGUCUCAGAUGUUGUUCAGCAGACAGACCGAAUGAUUCAAUCAUUAAACAUCUCAAAGAUGGGCUACAACACCAGCUACAUUCAUCAAAUCACAGAUUACAUCAGAGCAAGAGUAACACAUGAAGAUGAAUCAGUGAGAUACGUGUUCAAGAAUGAGUUCUUCAUGGAUUUGGUUCUGUCCAUCUGUGAGAGAGCAAACAAGAUGAUCACUGAACAACACAGACUGUUCAGAGAAGCAAAUGAUCCUGUAAUAUAUGUUCAGAAGAGGAGACAAGAGUACUACAGUAUCUUCCAGAAAUACUGUCAUGGAUCUGCAUCAGCUGUUAUGUUUGGAGAGAUCCUCUGUCAGAAACUGAAAGAGCUGAUUGAGCAGAGCGUCUACAAGAAUACUGCCAGAGAUAUAGCAGGUGAACUGAGAUCAAACUGUGAAUCACUGAAUGGAAACAGAUCACAUCUGGAGAAACACAUCCUGAAGACACUGGCAGAAGAGGAGGACUUUGACAAAUACAUGAACUACAUUCAUCAUCCCAGAGAUCACUUCAGUGCUUUCAUCAGAGAUGAAGUCAGUCGGUACAUCACUGAUCAGUUCAGUCUCAGUGUUUUACCCAUGAUGAAGGAGAACAUUAAACACCUGCAGAUGAUGAUCAUGGAAGCAGCUCAUCAAUCUACUGAACGUGUUCAAGAGAACAGAGGAGAUGUUGGUUUGUGGUUGAAGAGUUUCACACAGCAGAUCUCAGAUGAGCAGAUCUUCUCUGAGAAACACCUCAGUGGAGUCAAACACGAUGAUGUUGAUGAUUUCAAACUGCUAGAAGAUGUGUUCAGACAAGCAUUUACUAAUUUGAUGUUUGAGAUCAGCAGCAGAUUCAACAGAAAGACAUUGGAUGAAAAACUGGACCUCAGGUUCAGACCAGAUGGGCUUCUGAUUGAUCAUCUCUGUCAGUGCUGUUGGGUUCAGUGUCCGUUCUGUGGAGCUAUCUGCACAAACACCAUACAAAACCAUCCUGGAGAUCACAGUGCUCCCUUCCACAGAGUGAGAGGAAUUAAUGGCACAUAUUACCGUUCCACACAGACUCUCUCUGCUGAUAUCUGCACAAGUUUAGUGGCAAGUGAUCAGUGUUUUAAUACAGCAGGAGGACAGUUUAAAUACAGAGAGUACAAAAGCGCAGGAGGAGUUUAUGCGAAGUGGAGCAUCCCUCCUGAUCUCUCUGAACAGAUCUACUGGAAGUGGUUUGUGUGCAGAUUCCAGAGAGAUCUGGAGAUACGCUACAAUAAAACAUUUGAGAGGAGUGGAAGGAUACCAGACCAUUGGAGAAGAUACUCAAAACAAGAUGCUAUUAAGAGUUUAGAUAAAUAA